AUGGAUGAGGAUUUCGAUAUGCCUCCCAUGGACGAGGGAAUGGGAAUGGGAAUGGAUGAUAUGGAUCUGCCGGAAGACACCGUGCUGAAAGUUGGAGAAGAGAAAGAGAUCGGGAAGGAUGGAUUGAAGAAGAAGCUUGUCAAGGAAGGUGCAGGUUGGGAUACUCCUGAAGCUGGCGAUGAAGUUGAAGUGCAUUACACGGGGACUUUGCUCGAUGGGACUAAGUUUGAUUCUAGCCGCGACAGGGGUACUCCAUUCAAGUUCACUCUUGGCCAAGGUCAAGUGAUAAAGGGAUGGGAUCAAGGUAUUAAGACUAUGAAGAAAGGAGAAAAUGCAAUUUUUACCAUACCUCCUGAACUUGCCUAUGGUGCUUCUGGAUCUCCUCCUACUAUCCCUCCGAAUGCGACUCUUCAAUUCGAUGUUGAGUUGCUUUCAUGGGCAAGUGUAAAGGACAUCUGCAAAGAUGGUGGAGUAUUCAAGAAGAUUCUUGUUGAUGGAGAGAAAUGGGAAAAUCCUAAAGAUCUUGAUGAAGUUACAGUGAAGUAUGAAGCUCGCCUGGAAGAUGGAACAGUGGUGGCCAAAUCAGAUGGAGUGGAAUUCACUGUCGGGGAAGGUCAUUUCUGUCCUGCAAUUGCCAAGGCUGUUAAGACGAUGAAGAGGGGUGAAAAGGUCCUUUUGACCGUCAAACCACAAUAUGGAUUUGGUGAGAAGGGCAAACCAGCCUCUGGCGACCAAAGUGCCAUCCCUCCUAAUGCUAAUUUGAAUAUAACUCUCGAGCUUGUGUCUUGGAAGACUGUUACUAAUGUAACAGAUGAUAAGAAGGUGGUUAAAAAGAUUCUGAAAGAAGGAGAGGGAUAUGAGAAGCCUAAUGAAGGGGCUGUUGUCAAAUUGAAAAUUACUGGGAAACUGCAGGAUGGUACUGUUUUCUUUAAGAAGGGUGAAAGUGAAGAGGACCUCUUUCAGUUCAAGACGGAUGAGGAACAAGUCAUUGAUGGACUGGAUAAAGCUGUGAUGGCAAUGAAGAAGGGUGAGAUAGCAUUGUUGACCAUUGCGCCUGAGUAUGCUUUUGGUUCAACUGAGUCCAAGCAGGAGUUGGCUGUUGUUCCUCCUAAUUCCACCGUUUAUUAUGAAGUAGAGCUGGUGUCUUUUGACAAAGAGAAGGAAUCUUGGGAUAUGAACACCCAAGAGAAGAUUGAAGCUGCUGGCAGAAAGAAGGAAGAAGGAAAUGCACUUUUCAAGGCUGGGAAAUAUGCUAGGGCUUCUAAGAGAUAUGAGAAGGCUGCAAAGUUCAUUGAGUAUGAUACCUCUUUCAGUGAGGAAGAAAAAAGGCAGUCCAAAGCCUUGAAGAUCUCUUGCAAUCUAAACAAUGCUGCUUGCAAGUUGAAGUUGAAGGAGUAUAAGGAAGCAGUAAAACUCUGCACUAAGGUAUUGGAACUGGAGACAACAAAUGUGAAAGCCCUUUACAGAAGAGCCCAGGCUUACAUGAAUUUGGCUGACCUGGAUUUAGCUGAGUUUGAUAUCAAGAAAGCACUUGAAAUCGACCCUGAUAACAGGGAUGUCAAGCUGGAAUACAAAACCUUGAAGGAAAAGGUGAAGGAGUUCAACAAGAAAGAUGCUAAGUUUUAUGGAAACAUGUUUGCCCGGUUGAACAAGGUCGACGUUAACAAAACUGCUCCUAAGGAAGCGGAACCCAUGAGUAUUGACAGCAAGGCCUGA